UCCCCCCCUCCGCCUUCGGUCUUCUUCGGCUACCUCUCGCCGCUAUAUAUUGAAGGCUUUCGGCAGCCUCCCAAAACCCUAGUCGCCUCUCUGCUCGGUGGUCGCUUCUCCUGCCGACGAAAAUGUCGAAGCGAGGACGGGGAGGUAGUGCGGGUAACAAGUUCAGGAUGUCGCUGGGUCUGCCGGUGGCGGCCACAGUGAACUGCGCGGACAACACUGGGGCCAAGAACCUCUACAUUAUCUCGGUGAAGGGAAUCAAGGGUCGCUUGAACAGGUUGCCCUCUGCUUGCGUCGGCGACAUGGUGAUGGCCACCGUGAAGAAGGGGAAGCCCGACCUCAGGAAGAAGGUCAUGCCCGCGGUCAUCGUCAGGCAGCGCAAGCCAUGGCGCAGAAAGGACGGUGUCUUCAUGUACUUCGAAGAUAAUGCCGGUGUCAUUGUGAACCCGAAAGGAGAAAUGAAAGGUUCUGCCAUUACUGGUCCGAUCGGAAAAGAGUGUGCAGACCUGUGGCCGAGAAUUGCCAGCGCAGCCAAUGCCAUCGUCUGAGGGUUGCGGUUAUCUUUUUGUUCAUGUUAUAUGUUUUCAUAUUUGUGGUUUGACAUUGCCAGUGGAAGUGUAAACCUCAGAUUCUCUUUUUGAAGUGUCGUCAUGGUUUUAGAAAGAUUUUAAGUAUAUCUAUUUUAGACAUUGGGUUCUUUUCUCCAGCCUUUCCGCC